UCUUGCAGCAUCCCCCCAAAAAAAUCCUUCUUGCAGCGCGGGUCGUCACCAAACGGUUCGAGAACCGGAUGAGGUGAGGAAGCGAGAACCGCUGACAUCUCCGGGCUGCGGUCCAGAAAAUGGCCAUGGUAAUGGCCGCUUCCUACACCGCCUGCCACCACCACGGGCACCUCGCCGCUGGCCUCCUCUCCAUGCCUCAAGCAGGCGGGAGGACUAGCCGCAGCAGUAUUACCAUCUCCAUGAAGGCUCAGAAAAAGCAGAGCAGUGAGCCUGGGAGUGUGAAGGGAGGCGGGGACGGGCGAGUCAGCGGUGGGCGGCGAGUGUGGCGUCGCCGGAAACUGACCAAAGAGGAUGACAUGUUGCGGUACAAGUUGGAUCGAAUCCCUUUCUUAGAAGAGAAAGUGAGAAAAGUAAGGGAAAAUGGGAAGCUGGUAUGCUUGGACAUCAACCAGCUGAUGUUGUCUCAAGAGAAUAGAUUUGCGUUCACCAUGGAGGUGGCAGAAGAAGCUAACACCUAUCUUGAGAAGCACAGAAAUGAGUAUGGAUUGAAAAAGCCUAUACUACACGUUCUCAGUGACCGCAUGAACGAAGCUGGGUUUUCUCGGCCUGAGGGCUACCUUUAUCCUUAUCCUAUCAAGCCUGGUCCUUAUUUCAUAAAAGAAGAAGGGCAUUGAAUAAAAUCGUAGGCUCAUAGUAAGAUCAGGGAGCACGAGUUGAUGGGACCUCCUUUCUGACGGUCCUUCACAACAUCCGGGAGGAGUUGGUGCGUUGGGCGAGUGCGGGUCUAUGUGCUCCGUCGUUUGCUGCCAUGUUGGCGAGUGGGUUGCUAGACGCUACGUAAGGGUUUUUGUGUUUUUGGGCAACCCUUGUGGCGUUGUAACCGCUGGUACGGUGUUGUAACUGGCCUUCUGGCCCUUCCUUCUUAUAUUGAUGAUACACCCGCUGGGUUGCAUUCUUGAAAAAAAAAAUGGACCUCCUUUCAGAAUGGAGCGCUGAAGUGUAUACACUGCACAGUGUGAGAGGAGCUGUGAAAGCUCUGAAUAAUGCUUGGAAAAAACAAAAAUUCAAGAUGUUCUCCAUC